GGGUCCAAAAAUCGUGACGGGAUAAAGGGAAAAUCGCGAACCCUAGAAAUCUCUCCGCCACCUUAAUCCGGACGACGAGAUGUCCUCGCAUACGCCCAUAGAAGAGCUUUUGCGUGUUGCGAAACGAGUUAACUAUCCACAAAUUAACUAUCCACAAACUGAUGCCAGUAUAAUCAGAACCCCCCCACCUGAUGGCGAGUUCGUCGCUUCUGAUCAAGUCUAUAGGUCUUUCUCUAGGUGGUUCACUGAAACCAAAGGACGAAGGUUGCAACCAUAUUUGACCGAGCUGACAGAUGCUCUCAAGGUGUAUGACAUUUCUUGCCAACUGACUGUGCAGCUUGACCAACACAGUGAGAUGACAUUCUCCACAAGCAACACAAACAGUGAAGCUAAUGUUGCCAGGGCUAGGAAAGCUCUUGAAUAUUUGCAAUUGAUGCCAUUUCUCUAUACUCCUGUGGUGAUAAAGUACAUCAAUGGAAGUUUUGCUGAAGACAUCCCGAUUGGGCAUCAGGAAGGUGGGCUUUGCUCAACAUAUAGAAUCGAAUCAGAGCAAUCUCUUGAGCGGAAGAUACUCCUCGCUGGUUCUUUACGGGACCUUGAACGACUGACGGGAUGUGAUAUUUGGCUGGGUGCGAACCGCGUUAUUAUUAUCGGUACAUUUGAAGGAUCAAGGCUAGCAAGGGAGGUUGUGGAAGACUGCAUCGUUCGUAAUAUGCCUCCUGCGCCCAAAAUCAGAGACCUCAUGACGAGUCUAGCAUCGCAGGAAUUCGAGACUCUGGGUUUAUGAAUUGUGAUUCUCGAGUGGAAUCUUAAAUCAUGAAUGUUUAUGGAUGAUAAUUAAGCUAUGCGACUCUCUACUUUUUUAUGUAAUAAGAAUGUGUGUGGAUGCUUUGAAACCCUUAUUUAGAUUAACCUACUCGGUAAGUAUUGAGAGUGGCUGUUACUAUUGGUCCAAUUAGGAACUUCUGUGUGGACUGUCACUGAAUAAGAUUCAUUUGUAAUGCAUGCUUUUACACUCCAUAAAUUAAUGUCCUUUUCAUUUCUAGUACUGAG